GACCUCUGCUCCGGGCAACCUGUGCUGUAGGAAGCCCGGAGAGAGCCGGACCGGCCGGCCGGAGUGACCGCGCUUCUCGGGGUGGACGGGGCUGAAAGCAGCACUUAGAACCGCGGUUAACAGGGUUUAGUGGUGGGGAAGCUGCCGACAGCGGCUUCCUAGCUGUUCGGUUCUGACUAGGCGGGAAUGGAGAAGUACUGCUUGUAUGACGAGCGCGCCGAUCCAGCCAAGCAGCAGGAGAGGCACUACUACCUGCUGUCCGAGCUGCAGGCGCUGGGCAAAGACCUGCCGAGUUCGUUUCAGCAGCGCUUGUCGUAUACUACGCUGAGUGAUCUGGCCCAGGCUCUUAUAGACGGGACUGUGUAUGAGAUCGUCCAGGGCCUGUUGGACAUCCAGCACUUAACUGAGAAGAACCUGUACAACCAAAGGCAGAAGUUGCACAGUGAGCAUAGAGUGCUCAAACAGGACCUGAUGCGGAAACACAAACUGGCCAUACAGAACUGCAAAUCUCAUAACUUGGCGGUGCUAAAAACAAACCAAAGAGCAGAAACUGAGGCUCUGGAGCAGCGUAUAAAAGAUGAACAGCGAAUGAUGGAUGAGAAGAUCAUAGCUGAGAUGGACCAGAAGGUCCUGGACCAACAGAACACACUUGAGAAAGCAGGAGUGCCUGGCUUCUACAUCACCACCAAUCCACAAGAAGUGACAAUGCAGAUGAACCUACUGGAGUUGAUUUUGAAGCUACAGCAGAAGGAGUCUCAGUCUGGAACGCUGCCUUGAACAACAUCAUUUGAUUGGAUGGAGUUUGUUCAUGCUCAGGCCAGCAUGUCUCUUGGCUGAGUGUUAUAUAAUGAGCCCCUGACGUUUUGGAGAGACGCUCCACUGUAUUUACAGAAACAUACAUAUGCAGAUGGACUGGACUGACUGCAGUUUCCCUCCAGUGUACUAGGUCUUUUCCAUAUCUGUGUCAGUUCAGAUUAGGAGCAAUAUAGCAUAGCAGCGCCAGUGGGUACACUGACAGAGAAUGAUGAGUUCCCUUCUGUCCAGCUGCUGUAUACAAAUCAUGUAAAUCCCUUACAUACUGAUAUUGUAGAGAGCAGACUUUCUAAAGCUUUUCAUGAAGACUCAUUGCUGGGAUCUAGGAAUCGUCCCUUAAUACUGUCUCUAAAAUAUACCACUGCACUCCUGGGAUCACUUCUGAAGAAAAGGGAAAGGGGUAAAAAAAAUUGUAAGUAUGUAAGUAUUUUUGUGGGAUUUUGUUUGGAUUCAUUUGGAGAUAGUACAGUUGUUGAUUUCUAGCAUGUUUUUUUUUUUUCCAGAUAAAUAUUGUUUUCUGUCUGUGAAUAAAUGUCCUGCAGAACA